AGUUUAGUACUAGCCCGCAGUUCUGAAUCUUCCGAGUGUGUGCUCUCUUAUUCCGAAUAGUGGAAAACUGAAAAAUGGCUUCAAUGUUACGUUCGGGAAAGUUUUUUCGGUUAUUCUCUAAUUUAACAAGAAGUUUUGAUUUAAAUAAUGGUGGAAGGAGUAACAAUGAAUUACUGCUCGGUGCACGCAGAGGAGAAUGGGAAACUAAUAUUCAGAGAUCCUUUUCUGCUGCCCAGCUACCACUAAAGAACUUAAAUGAUAAUGCUGUUCAGCAACCUCCGAUUUCCACAAUAAAUGAUAGUGUAGACAAAGCCAUUGAGAAAGCUGAGUUGGAUGCAAAAAAAUCUGGUCGCAUUACAAAAGAUGACAUUCUUGAUAUAAUUCAAAAGAUUAAAAAACAAAAAACUGCUUCAACUACUCAGAGCUUGCUGCUCAUUCGGUGUUGUGGAAAUCUUGUGCCUGAAGAACCACCAAUUUCAAGAACAAAAUUAGUUGAAGAAGUAUGGAAAAUGUUUGAGGGAUUUGGUGUUCCACUUGACAUUAGCCACUAUAAUGCUCUGCUCAGAGUAUAUUUAGAGAAUGAGCAUUCAUUUGAUCCCAUGAAGUUUCUCCACCUUUUGGAAGGGAAGGAAAUUCAACCUAAUAGAGUGACUUAUCAGAGACUGUUGUCAGCAUAUUGUCAAAAAGGAGAUAUUGAUGGUGCAUCACAAAUUUUGGAAAUAAUGAAAAGUAAAGAUCUCCCUAUUGGUGAACAAGUAUUUAAUUCACUUGUUAUGGGCCAUGCAAACACUGGUGAUCUAGAAAGUGCAAAAGGUGUCAUUAAAGUCAUGUCCCAAGCUGGUCUUGAACCUGAUGGCGAAACUUAUCGUGCUUUACUCUGUGGCUACGCCAAACAUGGACACUUACAAGAUCUCACUUCUGCCUUAAGUGAAUGCAAAUCUAAGGAAAUUGCUAUUCAUGACAGAAACUUAAUGGAAGUCUUGUACACUGCAGCAGUUCACGGUCACUCGGAAAUUGUUGAUUAUUUGUUGAGUCAAAUGAGUAGAUUUUCUGGCUACAAUCAGGACUGUUUCAACGUUAUUCUUCGUUUAAUCAAUCUUCAACAAGUAGAUCAGGCCUUUAAAGUGCUAAAAACCAUGAAACCUAUUCAGUUAACCAAUGGUCAAGUGAGUCCGCAAGGGAAUUUUUUCAUUAAACAAAUUAUCAAGUCCAAUAUUCCACCUCAAAAGGUCAUUUCAUUGUGUGACCAAAUUGUGGAAACUGGUUUAAACACCAGAGCUUACUUCACGGCUCUUGAGCUGUCUAACGCACUUGGAAAAUCAGAAAUGUCCAAUCUUCUUCUCAAGCAGAUUCAGAAACAAAAGGAAAUGUUGAGACCUUCAGCAUUUUGGCCACUUUUGACCGCACAGUCAAAAGUUAGCGGGGAAAAAGGAAUCUUGGAUGCUCUGCGUCAAAUGGCAGCAAUACAGGUUAUGCCGAAUGUAGACACCAUAAGCCAACGUGUACUACCUUUUAUGGCCGAUGAAGAAGUUGGUACACUUAUCCGGAAAUUACGAGCAGUUGAUGUUCCGCCGAGUGUUGUAGCCACUUCCUUAAUUGUACGAAGUCUAAACAAUCAGGACUUCACAACUGCAAUUAACGUUGCUUCAAAGAUCUUUAUCCGUAAUGAAAGCAUGCAAAUUCGCUAUGCAGCUCGCGAGGCUUACCUUAAGACGCGAGAUGCGUCUUCUACAGCAAAACUUCUUAAAUCUAUGCUUCGCGUACUUGAAACACCCGAUGCCGAAAACAAUGUAACUGAUCAAGCUGCUGGGUUGGCCGGACCACUUAUAAUGGAAAUUUUUGAUCGCGCACCAAAUCCAAAGUUAGAAGUUGUUGAACCUCUUUUGAAAGCCAUGCACGAAAACGGAAUAAGUUUGCCAACAAGUGCUAUUCAGCACAUCCAAGAAAAAGCUAGUGAAGAAAUGACGGAUUCGGUCGCACAGCUUCUUGUCGAGCUUGGUUCCGGAAAAUUGGCACCAACAGAUGUCUUUGCUUAUCCAUCAGAUAAGAGUAAAAGAAAUGAAGGUUACCAGUUUAAAUCUGUGGCUGCAUUUAUUGAAUUUGCCAAACAGAACAAUCUCGAACAAGCAUUGAAAGAGAAGGAGCGAUUGGAAUCCAACAAAUUCGUUUUCUCAAAUAACUUGAAUGUCUUGUUGAUGGAUUUAUAUGCGCAACAUGAGCGUUUGGAUGAUGCAUUAGCGAUUUUGAAUGCGAUUUAUGCCAGUACUCCAGAUUUCAAUUUGACGGCAUCAAAGUUGUUUCGUCUGGCCACAAGCUUGCUAAAAGGCGAUCGAACAGAAGACAUGUUUAAAAUUCUUGAACGUUUGAAUAUAGCGUCUGAUGAGAAACAAGAAAACGUGCGUUACGAUAUAUUCAGUUCGCGCCUUUUGGACGUGGCUGUUACCAAAGGAGACGUGGAACUAACUUCAAAAUUAUUUGAAAUUUUUGAGAAAUCUGGAUUGAAAAUUACUGGUUUGGUUGCUAGUUCGCUCGUCAAGGUCCACGUUGUCAGGAAAGACAUCGAAACUGCUCUGAAAGUGUUCCUUGAAUGUGUUGAAAAAUAUCGUAUCACCCCCUACAAAAGCGCAUUGGUCACCCAAUUGAUUGAAAUGGAAGACGCUCAGCGUCUCCAGCAAAUUAUGGAUGCCAGUAUUAAAGUUCACGGCGAGAUGAACAGUCUGUACGAUUUAAUAUUUUCGUUUUUAGAAUGCGGUCGAAUUCGACAAGCGAAAAAAGUGCUAGAGACUCCUGGUCUUCGUGCUAUGAUGAAUCGUUUUGAGAUGGCUUGUCGUCGUUACGUUGAAGACAACAGGAUCACAGAGCUAGAAAAUCUUAUCAAAAUUACUAAAGAUGUGUAUGGUGUUGAUCGACUCAUGAUGUUCCAGCACAUGUUAUCCGCCUGCAUAAAGACAAACGAUGUCGCUCGCGCUACUGCUCUAUGGACGCAAAUGCAAGAAGAAGACGUUCAAGCCAACCCAGAAUUUCUAGAGAAGUUGGGGAAAUUUCUGAAGGAAAAUAACGAGCAUGUACCUUUCGCAGUUCCUGAUUUACCGAAAGCAGUGACGGCACCUAUUCCAACUUCAUCGAGUCCUUCGACCUCAAAAUCGGCCGUUUCCGCCGUCGUUGGAAAGAAAAGUGUAAUUGAACCUCAUCCUCUCAUGACAGAAUUUGCAACAGCACUUAAAAAUGGGGACAUCAAUGCUGCUGUGGAGCUAAAGAAAACGUAUGAAAGUCAGGGAAACGCUCUCAGCAAAAGCAAUCUGAACAAUUUGAUUGAAGCUGCCGUGAAAGGAGGAGUUCUUGAUGUUGCUACCCAGCUUUAUGUAGAGGCUGAACAGAAAGGGAAGUUGAUCUUUCUACGCGUCUUUAGGUUUUUAAUGAGCGCACUGGUCGCGUCUGGCGACCAUAAAGCCAUCCGUGCUCUUGGCGAAUGUAUAAAUGAACAAAGAAAACCAAUGCUGAGCUUUGAAAAUCAUCUUGCUUCCGCCAUCGCAUGCGACCCUGUCGCUGCGGUAGAUUACGUUGAUGUUCUAUUGAAUAAUGUUAAGACCGCUUCAGCCGAAAGCAACCUGAAAGAAGAACAAUUGAAUGCAUUGAAAAGUGCAUUUCCUGAAGGAGGCAUAAUGGCUAUUAUUGAAAAGAACCCAAAUGUCAUACCAAAAUGCCAAGAAAUAGCCAAUUUAAGUUUGAAAUUAGGACUGUAUGGCCCAACAAACUCUCUUUGGUCCUAUUUUGUUAACAAUGGAAACACUACAGAGGCACAAUCAACGUGGGAAAUACUCAAGGUUUCCCCUGGCGCUAUUAAAUUUCAAUCAAUCUGUCGCAAGAUCAGAAAAACUAACGACGUUGAUUUGGCUGAAACUCUUGUUAAAACGCUGGCGUCCGCUAAGCAUGUAAAGCCGACUGCUUUUGGCGUUGCCUAUUCUGCCUGGAUUGAUGCCCUUCGCUCCAAAAACGAUUUAGAUGCAGCUAUAGUUAUAAUAAAUAAAGCAUUGAGCGAAGGCGUUGAACUGUCGCAUUUGAACUCUUCAGCCCUUCACUCUUUACAAGACGAAUGUAAAAAAGCCGGAAAAAGUUUUCCUUUUUCUAUACCAAAAGUGAGUGAAAAUUCUGUCCAGUCAAACGCCGAUUAGCGCAUUUUUGAACCCGCCCUUGUUUUCAAAAUUCCAGUCAGUUGUAGUAAGUCGCGAAUUACUUUUUGUUGAAAAUAAAACUAGAAUUGAUUUCGUCA